AUGAAAGCCGAGCCAGAUUCUCGUGUAGUGAAGGGCAAAGAUGUCAAGUUCAGCGUGGAUGAUUUUGAAGCUGCAAGGACAACGCCGUGGGAAGGAGUGCGGAACUUCGAAGCGCGUAACUUGAUGAAAGAAAUGUCCAUUGGAGACAAGAUAUUAUUCUAUCAUUCGAACUGUAAAAGUCCUGGCAUCGCUGGGUUUGCUGAGGUGUCGAAGGAAGCGUACCCCGACUACACGGCAUGGGAUAGUUCUCACCCCUACUUCGAUCCGAAAACUAAACAAGAUGAUCCGAAGUGGUUUAUGAUAGAUGCCACAUUCCUAUCUCGCGUUGAACAUUUUGUCCCGCUGUCUCUUCUCCGUUACAUUGCAGAAUCGGCGGAAUCGGACCCACCAGAUGAAUUUGCGUAUAUAGGCACAAAUGGAAUGAAAGCUGUGAAAGCGAUGCCCCUGGUCACACGUGGACGUUUGAGCGUUCAGCGAGUCAGUCAGGAAUGUUGGGGGGCCAUCCAGAUGAUGUCAGAAAAAGGUGGUUGGGAGGAAAUGACAUUCGGGAAGAAAAAACCAAGUACCUCAAAACGCCCGAGACAAGCUGCCACAAAGAAUUCUAGGGCAAAA